UGCUGGGCGGGGCUGGGCUGAGCCGGGCCCGGGCGGCGGGGCCUGUUCGGUUCUCUCCGCCGUCAGCGCCGACCCCGGGCGGGGCGAGUAGCGAGUCAGCGGCCGCGGGGGUCACCCCUCCCGGGAUGUCGAAGAGUGCUAUGUCCGAAACCUACGAUUUCCUGUUUAAGUUCUUGGUCAUAGGAAAUGCUGGAACUGGAAAAUCCUGUUUGCUACACCAAUUUAUUGAAAAGAAAUUCAAAGAUGACUCAAAUCAUACUAUAGGAGUGGAAUUCGGUUCAAAGAUCAUAAAUGUUGGUGGUAAAUAUGUAAAAUUGCAGAUAUGGGAUACAGCAGGUCAAGAGCGGUUCAGGUCUGUAACAAGGAGUUACUACAGAGGGGCUGCAGGUGCUUUGCUUGUCUAUGAUAUAACCAGCCGGGAAACCUACAAUGCACUUACUAAUUGGUUGACGGAUGCAAGAAUGUUAGCAAGUCAAAAUAUUGUGAUAAUACUGUGUGGAAACAAAAAGGAUCUUGAUGCAGAUCGUGAAGUCACUUUUUUAGAAGCAUCCCGGUUUGCACAGGAAAAUGAGCUGAUGUUCUUGGAAACAAGUGCUCUAACGGGGGAAAAUGUUGAAGAGGCCUUUGUACAGUGUGCAAGGAAAAUACUCAAUAAAAUUGAAUCAGGAGAAUUGGAUCCAGAGAGAAUGGGCUCAGGUAUUCAGUAUGGAGAUGCUGCCUUGAGACAGCUGAGAUCACCACGCAGAGCACAAGCACAAAGUGCUCAAGAAUGUGGGUGUUAGAGAAACAAAACACAAAACCCCAAAUACUUAAUUUAGAUACAGAAGCUGUACUUGCAAAUGGUGUUUGAAGAAACAGAAAAGCUUGGAGGCUAUGCAGUUUUUAAAAGCAUCUUUCCACUAUCUACAAGCAGAGCAGACCACUGAUAGAAAGGUAUCCUGUGGUAGGGGGCAGGUAUGUGAACAACACACAAGUCUGCAAAAUGAACUGGAUGGUUUGAUGGACAAUAUUAAGGCUCAUACCUGUAUGUAAAUGUUUUCCAUUACCUAUUUUUGUUUUUUCACCUCUAGUUUAAGGCAUUGCAAUGUACUGUAAAUAAUGUAACAGUAAAUU